AUUAAAACUAUGGAUAACUAAAAUCUCAAUCUUCAACCUCGGUUUUAAUCUAAUGAAGCUAAAAAGAUGCCUUAAAAGAAAACUCAAAUGUCUUCAGUAUUUUAUUAUAUAAUUUAUUUCAGGAAGAAAUUGGAUCAAUAUUUAAGUACCAUUAAAGCAAGCGAGUAACAUAAUAAACAGAGAAUAGGUACCUGAUUAUAAAAAAUGUUUCUAGAUCAAUUAGCUAUUCAAAUUCUUCUAAUUAAAAAAACUAUAACUCUUCAGAAGUUAAAACCUUCAAUACUAAAUCGUUAUUUUCAACUAAAUUAUUCACUACAAAUCAAGAGUAGCAUUUCUACUAGAAAUAUGUGAUCGAAAGAGUAUUAAAAGAGAAUAAAUAAUGCAAAGUAAUUAAAAUAUAGAUUUCAAGAUUGUAAUUUGUAGAGAAAGUAAUACUAAUUACAGAAAAGUUGCCAAAAUUUUUGAAGGAACCAUGUAUAAAUUUGUAUAUAUCAUGUUGAUUAAAUAGGAAGAUAUUGUUCCAGAAAUACAGACAAAUAUUAAAUUAUCUAAUUUUCCACAUAGAAACAUCAUAAACUUAAUUGGCUUAUUCAUUGAGCAUAAUUUUGUUGCUCUUGUUUUUGAAAUCCAAGCAGGUGGAACACUCUAUGAAUUUUUAGUUAAAAAAUAAUUUUAAUUAGCAGAUUGGGAAAUUAAAAUUAUUAUGAAAUAAAUUUUAAAGGGCUUAAUACAUCUUUCAAAAAUGGAAAUAAUUCAUCGAGACAUUAAAUUAGACAAUAUAAUGUUUACAGAAUUAAAUAAUAUUAAAUCUUUAAAAAUAAUUGAUUUUGGAUGUGCUACAUUUAUUAAUGAUUAAAAAUUGAAGUCAAUUAAAUGUGGGACUUUGGGAUAUAUUGCACCUGAAAUUUUGAAUGGUUAAUAUUAUGACUACUCAAGUGAUAUUUAUAGCGUUGGAUGCAUUUUUCAUAUUUUAUUAACUGGAACAAGAUUGUAUCCAUAAUUUUAAGAAUAAUAAUAAAUAAAAUAUUUAAAUUCACAGAACGCAUAUAUACUAAAUAAAUCAAUCACAUGUCCUAUAAUAUUAGAUUUACUUUAAUCUAUGCUUUCUUAAUAAUCCAAAAGACCUCUAGCUUAUUCUUGUUUAAAACAUUAAUAUUUUUAUAAAUCCAGUCCUUCAAUUACUAAUUAGUAAAUUUAUUUCUAUAAUAGACUAUAAAAUAUGCAAUUUCCUUAAUUAAAAAACCCUUUUCAAAAAUCUGAUUAAAUUUGA